UGCGGUAGAAUUGUACUUAGCAGUGGAGUUGUUUACUAAUCUAGUGGAUGGGUUGGGUGAAAAAAUAGUGACUUGAACAGUUAGAGCAUUGGAACGUGGUAUUUCCAGUUUGCCGGCGUGGGUGUCCUGAGAAAUCGUGGCCAAAGAAUAUAAAGAUAACAAGGAGAUCGAGUUCGUCGCUUCCUUCCUCGUAGAGACUUCAACUGUGCAGUGAAGAACUAUUUUGUUUGUAUCAGUAUUGAAAUGAAGUUAUUCAAGUUAACGAUAUUACUAGCGGCAUUAGUUGCUGCUAGUGCCUUCCCAACACCGCAAGAGGAUAAAAUCGCUGAAGUCGCCGAAGAAAGCUCAGUCGUCGUGAUUCCAUCGGUAAAGCUUACCAAGGACGCUGCCAGUGAGGAAGUUCACAUGGUUCAGAAGAUCGAAAUCCACGUUGAGGUGGCAGCCCCUUCAGGCAUGAUGAUGCCCGCCACGGUUCGAGUAUCGGAAGUCCGCAAGAAGGUUCCAGCGAUUGCGACUGAAGUUGAGCCGGAAGAAGCCGUUGAGAAGGUUUCUGUGGCACUGAAAUACCCAGAAAGCGUGAAGGUUCCAGCGGUGACAGCGGAGGACAAACCUGCUUUGAAGACACCGGAAGCCGUGAAGGAAGAUUCUGAAACUUCCGAAACUGUAGAAACUGAAUCGGCCGUUGAGGUUGAGAAGCCAGCCAAAACUGAUGUCAAAUUCCCUCCGGAGUUCAUCAAAGUCCCACCAGUAGAGGAGGAAUCGGAACAUGCUGAGGUUGCUGCCGAUGAAAAGGUCGAUGAAACUAAGUCUGAUGAAACUGUCAAGUCUGAAGAAUCGGCAGAGAAGCCUGUUGCAGAUCAAGCUGCCGAGGAGACGGAGUCUGUUGUCAACAAAGCUGAAGAACCGGUUGCCUUGAAGACUGACGUUGUUAAAGACGAAGAUUCGAGCAGCAAGUCUGAAGAAGACGUGAAAGUUCAUGAUACCGUUGCUGAUGACGCAGCUGUUAAAGUGAAAACCGAAACAAAGGAAGAAACCCAGGAAGAUCCAAUUGUGGAAGAGGAAGUCAAGGUUACCGUUGAAUCCACCAAGAAAGAUGACGUUAAAGUCGUUGCAGCUAAAAAACCUGUGAAGAAAAUUACAAAGGAUGAUGAAGAAAAGGUCACUAUUACAAAAGAAAAAAGCGACGUUAAGCCAGCUGAGGUUGAGAAGACCGAUGUUGAAGUAACCGAAAAGAAGGAACAGGUAGAGAGUGAGGUUGUUGACCCCUCCGUUGUCAAGAAUGUACCGAUUGUUGAGGAUAUUUCUACCCAAACCAAGAACACCGAAGCCGAACCCGUCUACAAAGUUAUUCCGGUUGAGGUUGUGAAAGAAGAUGCCGUGGAGGUUGUUAAGACUGAAGAAGUUAAAGAAAGCGAAAUCAAGGCUGUUGAAGAUGUGAAGGAAGAGGAAACUCAGGUUAAAGAUACCGAAACGAAAGAAGUAGCAGAGGAAGCUGUUCAACAUGAUGAAACAGUCAAGGCUACGGAGUCUGAAAUCGUCAAAGAGGAAGAACCAGCCAAGAAAGUUACCACUGCAUCAAAAGUGAUUGUAAAGCCAGCCAAAAACCAAGAUGACGAAUCUAUUGUAUUCGUUGUUCAUGCCAAGCGGCCCGAGGCUGAUGAAUCUGCUGAUAAGGAAGCUGAAACUAAAGUAGAAGACGCACCGGUACCAGCAGAAGAAACCGCUGCCGUUGCUGCCGAUACAGAAGGGAGUUCAAUUAAAGCAGCAGCCGAAACUGAGACAGCCGAGAAGAAAGUUGAAGAUAAGAGUGACAGUGAGAGUUCAGCCAUUAAGCCCGUAGAACCCGCAGUAAAGGCGGACGAAGAACAGAAGCCAGAAACUCCAGUCAAGGUCGAAGGCAAGAAAGGAAAUAAGAAGAAGUUGCCAGGUUCGAACAAGAAACAAAAUACAAUCUGAUUUCCGCGGUUAUCGAAAGCGUCUACAGCAAGAACAACAUCAGAAAUCGUAAAGCCGGACUAAAAACAGGAUCAUAUCAAGGAAACAACCAAGUUGGAAUACAAUUCCACUCGAAUAAGUCAUCCCCAGCAACGAAUGUGAAAAAAAAAAAAUAUCUUCGAUCCUCUGGACAGGACGAGAAAUGCGUGCAUUAUUUAAAUUCUAAUUUUAAAGCUCGACAUACAUGUUAGGUUAAGUUUUGAACAAAAUACUCAUGCAGACGGGAACAUUUUCGCUCCCCGUGAAAAACCUUUAAAGAACUUUGAGGAAAACAUCACACAGACCACACAAACAAGUAAACAUCAUGACACAAAACAUCAACGACACAUUUCAGUACUGUGCUAUUACGCUUUAUGUAAGUUAUGCUCAAGACGAGAAUAAAUCCUGACAACAGUA